AUGGAUAAGUUUGACACAAUUUAGGGAAAACUGUUCUAUACUGUCUAUUGCAUGCACAAGUCAAAUGAGAUUACUAAUUAUUAGAGAGGUAGAAUCAAAGAUAUGAUUGUCUAAUGGGAUCCUCAAAUUCAAGAAAUCAUCAGAAAUCCAAACAGGCUUAAACAGAACCUUCUCGAAAUGGCAUGUGCUUACUCGGACAACGAAGACUCUAAACAAACUAAAAUAACUCAGAGGAGUAUUAGUAGAUUGAAUGUAAGAAUAGGACAAAGCAAUUUUAAAUUAUCAAGCAAAUCAUAUAGUUCAUUAUCAUCGCCAUUGGAUUAAAGAAAACAGUUAUUAAUAUGA